AUGACACCAGCUGCACCUGCGCGAAAGAUGACCAAGAUGAUACUGCGUGCCAAUGCGUCCGAGAAGAAGAAUCUCAUGGCUGGUAAGAUAGAGAAGAUAAAAGAAGAAGUCUGCAAACUACGGGUCGACAUGGACGAAUUCAAUCUUAUUUCAUCUGAUUCCGAUGCAAGCAUCGAGCCACCAGUUACUGAUGUAAUAGAGAUUGAAGAACCAAUUAUCGUAGGAAGGGAUAAACAAAUACUGAGGAUAAUGGAAAGUAUACCUGUGCAAGCAGGGCACUGCACCAUCGUUCACAUUUAUGGCCAGGAUGGCAGCGGCAAGACAACAUUAGCACGAAUGGUUUUCAACCAUACCAGAUUCAAAGAUUACUCUAGGGUAUGGAUCCAAUGCUCUGGGAAUUUUCGCUUGCAUGAGAUGGGGAAGGCCAUAAUUUCUCAGGCAUCAGGGGAAGAGAUCAACGGUGAUUCAAAUGAUGACAUGGAGUAUGUAAGGAAGCGCCUUGACCAGCUACUCGAUAAUGGUAUUAAGGUACUUGUUGUUUUAGAUAACACACAGCUAUCAUGGGAUGAUAGCGAAAAGUUGACGGAUCUGUUAAGGGAAGGGAACAAUCUUAGUGAGGUAAUUGUGGUAGAAACGGAUGGAGAAUAUGAUGAUGAGGAAGAUUCAGAGAUAGUAUGGAGAUUUGGUGACACAAGGGAAGUUAAGAGUGGUGCAUUGAGUGAUGACAUGUGCUGGACAAUAAUCAAACAACGAAGUCGCUUUGAAGGUAGAUUGUUUGACAAGCAAGGGUUGGAGCAGAUUGGUGCAGAGAUUGCAAAAAAGUGUGAGGGUUCACCGUUAGCAGCUGCGGUGCUUGGGGGCAUGCUACUAUACAAAGAUGCUACAGGAUGGGCAGAAGUACUGAACAAUGAUAUAUGGGCAUUUGACCACAUCAGUGAGCCAUUCCUCAAGUUGGCAUACACUAGCAUGCCGCCGAGAUUACGGCUAUGCUUUGCCUACUGUGCGAUGAUCCAAUAUGGUCACACUAUAGCUAAAGAUGAUCUGAUUUAUCAAUGGACUUCUCUCGGUCUUCUUGACCAAUCAGACAAAUUCUCUAUGAUACACCUUGGUGAGCAGUAUAUUGGGAUGCUUCUGGACAUGUCACUUCUUCAAACAGUGCCGGUCUCGGUGAGUUACUCCACAGUCCACACUAUGUUUAAAAGACGUUGGGCUUAA